AAGUACGUUCAGGCAACAUGGUAGAAAUGUGAUGUUGUUAGCACAUGAAAUUACUACAUUGUAAAGGCUGACAGACAUCGCAUUGAAGGAGUCCGUUACACCAAAACGGAUCGAAAUAGUUUUACCUUAAAGAUCCGUUUAUCACACACAUGCGGCUUUGAGUUCGUGGUCAACUAAUGUCUAAAAUCAACACCUGAAAUGUCCAAACCUGCACCGCUUCUCUCACUUCACCAAGCCCUGAGGAAAAGCUUCCAGAGUCUUGAGAACAAUCAGAAAGUAUGGACGAGUGUGUUGGCCGAGUGCAGCCCUCUCAUGGUGUCUCUCGGGAACUUGGCGGAGCAGUCACGAGCGCUUUCCAACGUCCAAAUCUCCAACACACCGCUCAGAGACUUCCCUGACCUGGAGGAGCGGCUGCGUUUCAAGCUCUCGCAAGCUACGGAUACAGUGCUUGGCAAACUCAAUGAGAAGAUGUGUUCUCUCCAGUCUGUCAGAGAUUCUAUCAGUAACCAGGUCUCUGGGGUCUUCCAGCUGUACGAGCAGAACGCAGACAGUCUGGAUCUGCUCACUGUCACCGAGCGCUCGGCCACCAUCCCCUCAGUCUCCGACAUGCUGGAGUGGCUGCAGGAUGCUGAGCGUCACUAUCGACAACAAUUUCUGAGGAGGAAGACUCUGCUGCAGACUCUGAGACCAGAUCAUCUCUCUCUUUUAGAAUCUGCUCCCAAAAGAUGGAAAUCCUUGGAGUCUCCCAGUACAGAAGACCACAUCACAGAUAUACUUUGCAAAGUGUCCUUCUUUAUUGAGUGCCAAUGAUGAGAGCAGAAGCAACAUGAAGGGACUCUGACCACCCUCUGAAUCAGACGGUUUCCCAAACAGGCUGGAAGACAAGAUUGGGAUUGUGAAACGAGUACUGAGAAAACAUACAUAUAUACCUCAGAUAGACGGUAAUGGACUGGAUCAUAUAAAUGUACCUGGACAUGUUCUUGCAGGCUAAAAAGUUUUUUUUUUCAGUGCACUGAUGUGUGUAACUUUUAAAAUUACAUGCACCAAUUUUUUUUUUUACCGGCACCCAAUUUUUUCUUACUGGACCACUGGGUGUAUUAAUCUUCUUUCCCAACACGUCUGCCAUGGCAACUGCUGGAUCCAUAGAAAGAAAUCCAUUGUGGACUGCUGCAGCAUUUUCUUUUUUGUGACAGUUCAAGUAUGACGAUGUUUUAUAAUGUAAUUUGAGCUGACUUAACCUUUUAAUUUUUUCAAAAAAUGUACCGUAAAAUAACUAACUAUAAAAUAAAUACAAUUUAUACAUG